UUAAGCCCCUAAUCCUCUUUUCUCCUGUGCCUGGCUAUGUUGUGGUAGAGAGCAGGGUCUGUACCCCAUGCAUGGCAUAGGCUUCCUUGGGGUAACAUAGUGGAGUCCUCGAGGACCGGGUCCAGGGCGGAGAUUUGCACCUAUGGGGCUCCCGAAGCCUGACCUUGCUGCACUGGGUGGCAGCAGCGCUUAGUGCUGCAGGAGCUGCAGCCUGCUUGGUGCGAUGGAAGAGCUGCCCUGACUUUCACCAAGCCACGGCAGCGGUGUCUGCGGUGGGUUGCCAGCACUGCCCAUUGCUGUGCCUUGUGUAGCAGCCUGAGGGAGCUGGUUUGGGACAGCAGGUCUCUGCCACCAGUGUGCCCCGUCCUGCCUUGGGCUCUGGGGGCUUCCUGGCAGACCUGAUGUCCCCCCUGCCAGUGACUUGGCCCCCCGGCGAGGUCCCAUGCUCUGCAGGGUUGGAGCAGCCCCAGCGUGGCGUUUGAGCUUGCAUCUCUCUCCCUGCGUUUGGGGUGAACGCGGAGCGGGUGGCCAGGCCGGGGCUGUGCCGCGGUGGUGCAGGGCUGCCGGUGUGGUGGAGAGACGGCGGGUGGCUCGGGGAGGAUCGCCGUGGGUGCAGGCAGGCGCUGCGGGUGCGGGCAGAGGCUGUGCGUACCGGCAGAUGGCACGCGUGCAGGCAGGUGCCGCGACCCGUACGCGAUGACGGCCGGCUUUCCAGUGGCCUGCCUUGGGUGGGCUCGCCCGGCGGCAGGCCAAGCGGCCCCAGGCUCGGGCUGGGGGCCGGGCUGGGGCCGGUCUUGGUGCCGGAAGCCGGGGCUGGGGCGGGCGCCGGGCGCAGGACGUCGGGGCGGAGCGUGGCCUGGCCCGAGCAGAGUCCGGCCGAUCCGUGAUCCCUCGCAGCCGCAGGCAGUGGAGCUGGCGAAGAAGCACAUCGCCUACCACAUGGACAAAUUUGGCUACCAGAAGCCUAACGUGGACUUCAUCCUGGGCUACGUGGAGAAGCUGGGUGACGCCGGCCUGGCCGACGAGAGCUACGAUAUUGUGGUCUCCAACUGCGUGAUCAACCUCUGCCCGGACAAGGGAGCCGUCCUGCGCGAGGCCUAUCGCGUGCUGAAGCCCGGCGGAGAGAUGUACUUCAGCGACGUCUACGCCAGCCGGCGCCUGAGCGAGGCCGCCCGGGCGCACGGGGCGCUCUGGGGGGAGUGCUUGGCGGGAGCGCUGCGCUGGAGCGAGCUGCGCAGCAUCGCCCGGGACGUGGGCUUCAGCCCCCCGCGCCUCGUCGCCGCCAGCCCCAUCGCCGUCGGCCACCGGGAGCUGGAGAGCGUCGCCGGCGGCUGCCAGUUCGUCUCGGCGACUGUCCGUCUCUUCAAGGUGCCGGCAGGGAGCCGGGCCGGGCCGGGCCGGGUCGUCUACAACGGCGGCGUCGCAGGGCACGAGCGGGAGCUGGUGUUCGACGCCGGCUUCACCUUCAAGGAAGGGGAGGCCGUGGAGGUGGACGCCGACACGGCCGCCAUCCUGCGGAGCUCCAGGUUCGCGGAGGAGUUCCUGAUCCAAGACGGCGGAGAUGCCGCCGCGCCGCCGGGCUGCUGCCGCGGGAGGGCGAAGGAGAGGAUCUGCGACCCCUUCCAGCUGGUGGAGCGGCUGGGAGCCCCGGGGCCCGGCUGCUGCCCCGCCGGCGCCUGUGGCCCCCGCGGGUGCUGCUGAGCGGCCGAGCGACGCCCCCGUGCCGGCGCCUGCCAGCGAGCGCAGGGGACCCGGCCCCAGCGGCACGCGGCUUUCGCUGGAGAGCAAAUAAAGGGCCAAGCUGGAGUCCCGUGAACCCGCA